CCCCGGGCGGUCAGACGGGCGUGCCCCGGUCAGAACUCGGGCCGUGCCGGCUGAGAGAUCCGAAGCGUUCGGUCCCCCCGGGCCGGAGCGGGGGCGGGUGGGGGCGCAGGCCCGGGGGAUGCUGGGCUCGGUGAAGAUGGAGGCCCAUGACCUGGCCGAAUGGAGCUACUACCCGGAGGCGGGCGAGGUCUUCUCUCCGGUGACCCCAGUGCCCACCAUGGCCCCCCUCAACUCCUACAUGACCUUGAACCCUCUGAGCUCUCCCUACCCUCCUGGGGGGCUCCCUGCCUCCCCACUGCCCUCAGGACCCCUAGCGCCCCCAGCCCCUGCCACGCCCCUGGGGCCCACCUUCCCGGGCCUGGGUGCCAGCAGUGGUGGAGGAAGCAGCUCAGGGUACGGGGGCCCGGGACCGGGGCUGGCGCAUGGGAAGGAGAUGCCGAAAGGGUACCGGCGGCCCCUGGCACAUGCCAAGCCGCCAUAUUCCUACAUCUCGCUCAUCACCAUGGCCAUCCAGCAGGCGCCAGGCAAGAUGCUGACCCUGAGCGAGAUCUACCAGUGGAUCAUGGACCUCUUCCCCUACUACCGGGAGAACCAGCAGCGCUGGCAGAAUUCCAUCCGCCACUCGCUGUCUUUCAACGACUGCUUCGUCAAGGUGGCGCGCUCCCCAGACAAGCCGGGCAAGGGCUCCUACUGGGCCCUGCACCCCAGCUCAGGUAACAUGUUUGAGAAUGGCUGCUAUCUGCGCCGCCAGAAGCGAUUCAAGCUGGAGGAGAAGGUGAAGAAAGGGGGUGGCGGGACCUCCACCUCCAGGAAUGGUGCGGCGGGGUCUGCCGCCUCAACCACCACGCCUGCUGCCACGGUCACCUCUCCCCCCCAGCCUCCAGCCCCCGAGCCUGAGGCCCAGGGUGGGGAAGAUGUGGGGGCUCUGGACUGUGGCUCGCCCCCUUCCUCCGCCCCCUAUUUCACUGGCCUGGAGCUCCCAGGGGAGCUGAAGCUGGAUGUGCCUUACAACUUCAACCACCCUUUCUCCAUCAACAACCUGAUGUCGGAACAGACACCGGCGCCUCCCAAACUGGACGUGGGGUUUGGGGGCUACGGGGCAGAGAGUGGGGAGCCUGGAGUCUACUACCAGGGCCUCUAUUCCCGCUCUCUGCUUAAUGCAUCCUAGCAGGGGGGUGGGAGCAUGGUGGGUCGGGUAUGGCUGCAGCUCACACCAUCAGGUUCUUGGGGCCUGAUCCUUCUGGUGACACUUUGCUUGUCCCAUCAGUUAACAUCUAGAUUGGUCUAUUACCUACUGUGGUGACUGCCGUCUCUGUGGGUGUCGUAGUCGAUCCAUUGGGUACUGUGAUAACUGCCAUUGACAUCUUGGUGGGCCCACUGGGUACUGCGAAGACUGCCAUGUUGAUCGUUGUUAUUGGUUGAUCCAUUGGGUGCUCUGAUGGCCACCAUCUGGGAUGACAUCUUGGUUGGCCCUUUGGGCACUGUGAUGGACAUUCUCUUGGCUGACCCUUUGAGUGUGAUGAUGAUACCAUUUCAAUUACAUCUUCUUUGGCCCAUUGGGUGCUGUGAUCAUUUCUUUUUUGGUGGACUUCUUGGCAUAGAAGGUGUCAAGUUGGCCACCACCUUGCAUAACCUCUUUUUUGGCCCACUGAGUGCUACGAUGGCCACCAUCUUGGCUGGCUGACAUAACCAGUGUACCAUUGUGCACUGUGACGGCCACUACAGCCCCUGUGUUGGCCAUAUCGUUACUGUCUCUUUGGUGUGAUUUGAGUGAGGGAUGGAGAUGAGAAUCCUCCUUGGUUUUCUCUGGAGCCCAUUACCCCGUUUGGUCCAGGAAAAGCCAGAAAGGACUGGUUAGGGUGUGGGGAAUUUCUACUGAAGUCUGGUUCUUGUCUGGGAAGUGGGAUACUGGCUGUGUUUGACCAUUAAAGGCACCAAUUCUGCCUCUUA